AUGUAUGAUAUAUCUAGUGAACAAAUUAAUAUACAAAAUAAGUUUUUAAAAAAUUUAGAUUUAUAUUGUAUAUUAAAAUUUAUUAUAACAAACAAUAUAGAAAUAUACAAUGAAGAGAGUUACAAUGUUUUAAUAAAUCUAGUAAAAUCAAAUAAAAUAAUAACUGUAGAGGAAUCUAAAAGGAUCUUUUCAAAUAACAAGAAAUUAUUCAAAAGGUAUAUGUAUAAGAAAAAUAAAAGAAGGCCAUGUCAAAUAAACAACACUCAUAAUAUUGAUGAUGAUAAUAAUAAUAAUAAUAAUAUUCUUAAGAAUUAUAGUCCUAGUGAGAUACACACCGAUUGUGCGAAUAUCUGUAACGAUGAUAAAAAAAUGGAUGUUAAUCAAAAUUUAUAUAACAAAGAAAUAUACACAAAUGAUUCCCUUUUUUCUAAAGAUCUAAACAAUAAAAUAUUAUUUGAGUUUUUUCAAUUCCCCGAAAGUACUUACGUGUCAGAAUAUAUUAAUAAUUUAUGUAAGGAAAAGUUGAUACAUGAACCGUUAAAUAUAAAUUUGAGUCUUGUUAAAUUUGAUAAGAAGAAAAAGAAAAGCAAAAAAAGAAAAACAUGUAAAAGGAAUAAUAUUGGAGAGAUGCAAACAAGUACAAAUAAAUAUAACAGUGAUUCAGGUAUAGGGGUCACGGCAAAAACAAAUACGGACAUAAAUAAAAACAUUAAUAGGAAUGUAAAUAGAAAUAUAACCAUGAUGGGAAACGCAAACACAAACACGAAUGCAAACACAAACACAAAUGCAAACGUCAACACCAACGUCAACACCAACGUCAACACCAACGUCAACACCAACGUCAACACCAACACCAACACCAACGUCAACACCAACACCAACACCAACGUCAACACCAACACCAAUACAAAUGCCGAGACAAAUGCCGAGAUAAAUACCGAAAGUUUUGAUCGGGAAGAGCACAAUAAGUUUUAUAAAAUAUCAUCAAAAUGUUUUUCAAGAGUAUUAAACGAGGAUGAUGUAUCACUUCCUAAUAUAUAUUACAUUAAAGGCGUUUCAAACGAUAAUAUAAAUGUUCAUAUAAAUUACAAUAUAAAUAAUAAAAUGAAUAACAAUAUAUUUAAAAAUGAAAAUAAUACUCUUGUCGAAAGUUUUAAAACAGAUUUAUUGUAUUCAAUAGAAAAAAAUAAAAAUGACAUAUAUGCGCAUAAUUGUAGUAAUUCAGAUGAGGAUUCGAUAUAUAAUUAUUUUAGUGAUAAUACAAAUAUUGAUGAUCAUAAUAAAAUGAAUAAUGUAAUUAGGGAACGCGUUAAUAAUAUAGGUAAGAAUUAUUAUAGCACAGAAAAGUAUAAUAAUAACAAUAAUGAUAAUAAUAACAAUAAUGAUAAUAAUAACAAUAAUGAUAAUAAUAACAAUAAUGAUAAUAAUAACAACAUCAAUAAUAAUAAUAAUAAGAAAAAGAACAAGAACAACAACAAUAAUAAUAAUAAUUAUAAUAAUAUUUGUAAUAGUAGUAGUAAUAAUAAAAUGAACGAUUAUAAACAUAUGAUUUUUAAUAAUAAUGAUAAUACCAUAUUCAAGCAUAAAAACUCAUUAUCUUCUUUAAAAUUAUCAAUGUAUAAUUACAAAAUAUUUAAGAAGGAUACAACAUUUAAUAGUACUCAUAAUCUUUUUAGUUAUGCUUUAACGUUUAAACAUUUUUAUGAUAUACAUAAUGUUUUGAACAGAGAUCCUAAUGGAUUAAGAAAAAUAAAAGUCAUACUAAAAAAAGAUAUUGGAACAAUCAGCAUAUCACCUUUUUAUAUUAAUUUUGAUUCUAUACGUAUUUUUGAUAAUGUAUGUAAAACAUUUAAUAUUACAGACUAUAAUUAUAAAAAACAAAAUAUAUAUAAUUUUAUGAAUCUCUGCUCCACAAAUAAUCAAUCUUUAUAUAUACUCAAAAAUAUUUUCUUAAAAGAUUUAUAUAAACAACAAAAGAUUUAUCAAAAUGAUCAUCAUAAUAACAAAAAAAAAAUUUAUAGAAAAAGAAAUGCUUUAAGGAAAAAAAAAAAAAAAGAAAAAGAAAAUAUUUUAGAAAUAUUAGAUGAAGAGAAAAGAAUUAAUGUUCUAUAUUUUAUUAAUCGUUUUCUAUAUUCAAAUAAAACCCCUUUAUCAUAUUUAUUUAGAAAUUAUAAAACAACUUUGCUUAACCAACAAAUAAAUGUGAACCAAAAAAAUGAACACACACAUAAAUGUAUACAUUCAAAUCAAGUGAAACAAGAAAAUGAAUUCGUUUUAUAUUCGGACGAAUUAACUAUUGAUUAUUUUCUUUUCCUUAUGAUUUUUGAAAAGAAGGUGGAGCAAAACUUUUCAAACUAUUUAAUAAACAAGAUAAAUGAAUGUAAAAAAUUUAAAACAACUGAUAAUACAUAUACAAACACGGACAACAAGACGCACGUAUCUAAAGAUGUAUUGGUUCAUUUUGAUGAUGAUAUAUUUCUUAAAAAAUCAUUUGAUGUGUCAACCAAAAUUUCUCGUGAUGUAUCAAAUAAAAUGUCUGUUGAUAUGUCUGUUGAUGUGUCUGACGAUUUGGAAAAAGAAUCUACUAAGGAUGAUAUGAUAUUAGACAAUAAACAAAUAGAAGACAGCAGCGAUAAUAAUAAUAAUAAUAAUAAUAAUAAUAAUAAUGAUAGUAGUAAUAAUAAUAGUAGUAAUAAUAAUAGUAAUUGUGUUGAUAGGAGUGAUAACAAAAGUUACAAUGAUAAAGACGAUUCGAAUUCCUUAAAAAAUAAAAAAUCAGGAGACCAAUUAAGUGAAUGCACAGAAAUAUACGAAAAGAAAAACAAAUUGACUAAUGAACAAAAUUGUUGUGAUAACAGUUCAUCAGAAAAAAAUAUAUCUAAUAUGAAACCGAAUUAUAUAAUAGAUAAAGACUAUAAUAAUAAUGAAGAUAAUACGAUUCUGAGUAAACAAACAUAUUUAAUAGAAAGCAAGAAUAUAGAUAAAGAUAAAAAUAAUGAUAUAAAUAAUGAUAUAAAUAAUAAUUGUAGUAAUAAUAAUAAUAAUAAUAAUAAUUGUGAUGAUAGUAAUUGCUUGAAGAGCAUUGAGAAUAGAAAUAAUAAUAGAGAUAUUAAAAAUAAUAAGAUUGAAGGAGAAAGCACUGAUUCUUUAUACACCUCUAGUUCAGAAGAUGAAUAUAAUGAUAGACAUGAUAAUAUAAAGAAAAUAAAAAAGAGAACAGAUAUUGAAAAUGAAAUUAUUUUAUUAAAAAAUAUAAGACCUUUUCCAACUAUUUAUUGGUUAAUAAAUAAAAAUAUAUGUGGAUAUAUAUCUCAUUUGGAAAAAAUAAAUAUUAUAAAAAAUAUUGAAAAUUUUAUUAAUCAUCCAGGAGAAGAAUUUAAAUUAUUAAGAUAUUAUUUAAUAUAUGAUCAUUUAAAAUAUAUAGUUAUACGUUUAAGACAUAUACAUAAAAGAAUACUUAUCUUUUUUUAUAACUAUUUUUUAAACAGUGAAUAUUUCAUAUCUCAACAUAAACAAAAUAAUCAUCUAUCAAAUAUCGAUCUAUAUAAAAAUAAUCCAUUCUCACAAAUAUUCGAAAUCACACCUAUCAUACAAUCAUAUUAUGAAAAAUAUCCUAUAGAUUUUAAUAGUAUAUGUGAAAUAUUAAGAAAAAUUAAUACACUCAGAAUUAAAGGUAUAGGAGGUAUAUCAAACUUUCUAACUUUAAAAUGUAUACACUUAUAUUUUGCAUCCCAUUUAUCUUAUCCAAAUACUGUUGGUUAUAUAAUAGAGGAAUAUUUUAAGUCAUAA